AUGGGUCACAUGGAAGGAUCACAAGCUCUAGUUUUAUUCAUUCUCUGUGCUCUUCUGUAUCACUCAGUAGCUGCAGAUCAUACUGCAAGGUAUUUUUCUGAAGCAGAAGAGAAAGAAUUGCAGACACAGCUCAAAUCCCUCAACAAGCCUUAUGUCAAAUCUUUCAAGGAUGAGUAUGGGAUCACAUUUGACUGUGUAGAUAUUUACAAACAACCAGCUUUCGAUCAUCCUUUGCUUAAGAACCACACUCUUCAGAUUAAAUCUAUAUCGUUUCCAAAGAGCAUGAACAAGAAUCCAUCCUCAGAAACCGUAAAGCUGCCUAGACGUUGUCCUCGGGGCACUGUCCUUAUCAGAAGAACUACAAGAGAAGAUUUGAUCAGAGAAAAGCAAAUCCAACGAACCAAACGCAUAGAUCUGCAAGAGGAUACUGUCACUGUUGAAGCUUAUACGGCUGGGGUGUCAUUUUCGGAUUUGAAUGAACCAGUGAAAUUCUAUGGAAUAUCAGCUAUUUUGGAUGUUUUUCAACUUUCCGGUGUAUUGGAUACUCAAACAAGCGCAACACAAAUCAUUGUCAAUAAAGGAGAAACAGGCCCUCUGGAAUACCGCAACGUCAUACAAGCUGGAUUUCAUGUUCAUCAUGAAGCUGAGGGAGACAACUUGACUCACUUCUUCACUUUUUGGACAACAGAUGGGUAUCAAAAGACUGGUUGCUUCAACAUCCAUUGUGCUGGUUUCAUCCAAACAAGUGAAAGGACGACACCAGGCCUAGUUUACACCCUAAGCAACAUGGAUCCAAAAACAUCUAAUUGGAUGCUGGUCAAUGACCAAGAACCGAUUGGCUAUUGGCCGAAGGAGAUCUUCAACAACAUGGCUGAUUCUUCUCAGAUUCAACUGAGUGCGACAGCUAGCUCUCCUACGGAUCAGCCUAGUCCUCCGACGGGCAAUGGGGAACUUGGAGGAGCAUCUUUUAAGAACAUCACCGUUUUGAAUGGGGAGCUUAAUCCAUACCCGCCAUAUGUCCAGCAUGCAGAAACGUUCCUUGAUAUUGGCAAACCCUUCUAUGAAGCCGUAUACAAUGUCGAUUCUGGCUUGUUCUAUGGUGGCCCAGGAGGAUGGAAGCCACAGCCACAGAAUCCACCGAGUUCAAUUUCUCAUCAUUAG